AUGGAGGGUCAACGAUCUCAGCCUCGGGAAUUUCCCAACGGAAGCAGGGUGCAAAAAUGGCUUAAGGAAAAUGAAAAUUCCACGGAUGUCAGUAGUAAGGACCCCUCGGGAAAAGGGACAAUUAAUUCGUCACAACAUCCGUCUUCAUCAUCAGCUUCUUUAGUCAGCGAGAUUUCAUUGCAAGGACAUUCACUGUCUGUAACACCAGUUCCAGAAGAUCCACUCACUAAACUCGCCCAACGAAUCCGAGAAAUUUCUUCAGAACAAGGAAAUUUCCGGUCGCAGCCUAACCACCCAUCAGUAAACCCUGCAUAUAUGCAAAUUGCAGCCCGCCAGGUUACGGGCAAGGAUCUUCCAGUUUUCAGUGGAAACCCGGAAGACUGGCCGAUGUUUAUUCGGAUCUUUGAAGAGACUACGAAUGCGUGUGGAUUUUCCAAUGUGGAAAAUCAAGUACGGCUUCAGAAAUGCCUACGGGGUGAUGCUUUGGAGACCGUUCGCAGCCGGCUCCUGAUGCCGGAAGGCGUGCCACAUGUGAUUAAGACACUGGAAAUGCGUUUUGGUCGUCCAGAAUUGAUUAUUCGUUCGAUGCUAGAACGUAUUCAUCGUCUACCUUCCCCUAAGCCUGAUAGGUUGGAGACACUGAUUGAUUUUGGAUUGGCUGUCCAUAACUUAGUCGUUCAUUUACAGGCGGCCAAACAGGAGAGUCAUCUUAACAAUCCAACUUUGCUGCAGGAGCUCGUGGCAAAGCUGCCAGUGCAAUUAAAGCUUGAUUGGGCUAAAUAUAAAUUACUGAACUCAACACCCACUCUUGCUACUUUCGGAUGUUUCAUGGAGCAAUUGAUCCAAGCGGCUAGCGAUGUUCCGCUCAACCAAAACGCCAAGUUUGAAAGACCGAGAAACAAAGAAAAAAAUGCGGCUCAUUCAUACUCGCACGAAAACAAAUUUGACCGACAUUCCCUUUCACACUCGAAACGCAACGAAUUGACAAAGAAACAUGAUAAAAUUUGUCAAUUUUGUAAAGAAUCGGCACAACGAGUUUCAGGUUGCAAGUAA